AUGGACGAACAUAUUGCAUUGAUACAAAAUGCUUCAAAAUUAUGUAGAAUAUGUUUCGAUAAUGAUGAUCAGAAAGACCUUAUUAGCCCAUGCUUAUGCAGAGGUGGAUCAGCAUAUGUGCAUCGAAAAUGUUUAGAUAAUUGGAGAUCAUUAAAUAAACAUGGUAGAGCUUUUAAAUUUUGUGAUGUUUGUCAAUUUGAGUAUGUUAUUGAACCGGUGGUAGAUGAUUUAUCAGCUGAUAGAAAAAGAUUACUAGUGUUUCGCUUAUUAGUGACUCGUGAUAUAACAUUGAUUAUUUUAUUAGUUCAAUUAAUCAUUAUUGGAAUGACAUUUUUGUUACAAGUCGCAGAUAAAAAAAGUAAUAAAAUUAAAAAUUUAUAUCCGCAUUCUAUGAGCUCAUUUGGUAUUUAUUACCUGAGCAGUUUAAUAUUAUUCUUGGCUUUCUUAGGCUUAUUUGGUUUAAUUGGUUUUUGUUGUGGAUGGAUGCAAAAUAAUAAUUAUGAUCUUGGUUAUAAUGAUCCUUGUCCUAAUUGUGUUUGUUAUCCGUAUAAUUGUGUAUGUCUGAAUUGCAAUAGUUGCGAUGGAAAUCAUGAUUGUGAUAAAAAUGCUGGUCUAAUACUGAUAUUCAUUAUAUUAAUAUUUGCUGUUCUUGGAAUAUUUGUUGGAGUGAUCCUAACUGGAAUAAUUUUAAGAAAGAUAAUGAAAUGCCAUACAAAUAGAUUAUGGUUACAACAAGAAGCUAAAAAAUAUAUUGUCAAAGAUUUUCAAGGAAGAAUUAAUGAACUUGAAAACAUGUCAUUUCAACACCGUAUUACAGCGUGA